AUGGGAAAAUUUUCAAGAAAUCAAAAAUAGAAUUAAGGACUUAAAGUUCGCUUAGAAUCUAAGUUAUAACUUGGACAACUAAAAGUUUAGAUUAAAAAACCUGAAAUUAAAAAGCCCGAAAUUGGUAAACCUCCUGGAUUGAAUAAGAUAUCAAUGGCGUAACCUAAAAUCUGGAGUACUCAAUAACGAGAUAUCAAUAUUAUCGAAUUUCUUAUUAAUGAAGGUCGACAUUUCCUACUUCAUUUUGCUGGAGCAAAGAAGAACUUGAAGAAUGAAUAAAAUUAAUAUAAAAGGAUGCUCAAAUAAGAGAAAUAUAAUGAAUAAAAAUCUAAUUAACCUUUAUAUGAAUUCUUAGAAUCCUUUUCUGAAAACCAUCUUGGAUAACCAUCGAGGAACAAGAAAAAGGAAAGGAUAGUUGUUUUUUUCUUUAGAAGCAAUUGCCUCCACAAUCUAAAAAACAGAUACACUAAACAGAUGGAUAUAUAAAAUGAGAAUUGGAUUAAGAUUUUGAAGGAGAUUAAGUUUAUAUUAGAUGAAACCUUUUACACGGAAUUAAUUGAAUUAUUAAAAAAAUUAGAAGAGAAUAAUGAUAUUAAGUGGAUUACAGAGUAGUUAAUACAACAAUUUAGUGAGACUGAUAAUUUAAAAGACAUUUAAGUUAUAUUUAAAAAUCUUUUGAUUCAAAUCUUUAAGGGACGUUUGGAUGAGCAUCUAUAUUGGGAUAAAGUCUAGAAUCUCCCACCAGAUUAAAUAUUAAAAAUUUACAAGGAAAGAAUACCUCACUAUUAACCAUAGAUUAUGAAGUUUGUGAAAAGUGUGAAGACUCUCUUUGAUGGAGAAUCAAAAGAUAAUAAUCAAAACUUUUAGUAUCAAGAUAUCGAGAAAGAUCAUUUUGAUGAUUUCGAUUAUGAGUAACAAUUAUUCAAAGACUACUCCGUUAUAAAUUUUCAUUCAGAAGAAUUCUGA